GUUUUCCGUUUGAUUCAGUAGGCGAUGAGCACACACCUGACACAGCAACUCUAAAUCAACGCUGGCAAAAAUGGGACAAUUUUUAACAAACGGAGUUUACCUGGUGAUUGUUUUAGGAGUGAUCUCUUUAUCAAAAGCAGAAGAUGACAGAUGUGAGAUCCGCGCUGUAGCUGAAUGCCAUGGCCAGAGUACGGACUUGACUACCGCCGUCGCCAGUAAUGAUAUCAACAGAAUUUGCGAUACCUACAGGACCUACCGUGAAUGUCUGUACGCGGAGACAUAUGGUUGUGACCAGGACUUCAUCACCGUGCGCUUGGGCCGCACAUGUACCAAUCGGUGCUUCGGAUGUGGAGGAGCAGGUGGACUAUCUCCUGGCGUUCUCACAAUGGCCGUCGCCGUAUUUCUAGGUUUUUCCUUGCUGAAGUUCCGCUUCUAGGAAGACGAUUGAGGGGAAUUCGUUGCAGUGCCAUCAUUCCACAACCAGAAGAACCAAUGUUGUCACACGAAAUGAAACCCUAUUCAUAGUUUAGGUCUAAUUAAGGGAUGUCAUUUUUUCAUGCCCAGGGCGCGUUAGAUCGUUAAUCCUGGGUUAGUUAAACGCUGUGCGGCUAGGCACGGAAGGUUGUUGAUUUUAUAAAAAGUGUUCAUUCGUUUUUGGUGCAUAGAGAGCAAACCAAACUUAGAGGCUAUUAUUUCAUUAGCGUUUUAGCGGGGGUAUAGUACUGUUUACACUAAACUAUGCAUGAUCAGGCAUCAGUAUAUAUGGCGGUAUAUUUUUUCUUUGAUGUACAAUAUAUAUGAAGCAUAUUUUAUAACUUGUUUUACGCAUAUGACAACAGGGGAAAACUUUGGUUCAUCUUGUCCAUGCACCAAGCCACGCCUCUUCAUAGCAACUUGGGUAAUGUGUGACUGCCCACAUGAUGACGCAGGUAAUGACUGACAGGCAUUGUGCGGACUUAUAAAGACGACUUUUAAUCUUAAAAGCAUUAGGAUUUAUGAGAAACUGUCACAUAAUCUGUGACGCUAUAUGUAAAUGAACGUAUAGCAAAGAUGAACCAUGAAUUGUACGAUAAUGAAAACUAUGCAUCAGUAUACGGCCCUUCGCUUUCUAUUUUAUGCACACUAGGCCUAGAUAAGACGUAUGUAUUAUAACAUUUAUACCAGAUCUUGUUCAUGUUCCGAGCCACGCCGCUUAAUUCGUAGCAACUAUAGUAAUUUGCGACCGCCGACUUGAUGUCGCUUGGAUGAUUGACAGACAUUCUGUGUACUUGGUUCGCUGAUUUUGUCAAUUGAGAGCAUAAGUAUUUAAAAGAAUCUUCCAUAUAAUUCAUGGCGAUAAUUGCAAAUGAAUGGUGAUUGAAAAAUGUACGUUAUUACAUGUUAACAACCAGCUGUAUAUACAAAAGUUGUUUUAUUACUGUUAGUUGAAUAGUGUUGGAGUCAAGAUGAUAAUUUUGUAGAAGACAUUUUCUUGUGAUAUUUUGGAUGCAGUUCCUACCAUCUUUUUGUAUGUAAUUUGUUGUAAGUUCCUUCCAUAAUGAUUUUUCUACGUACAUGACAACUACUCCCAACAGAUAUGGGAGUUUAAGAUCUACAGGGACAUUAAUGUCUGUGAAACCUAACUACGCAUCAUGCCUGCAGUCGUGCUUAGUCGCAAGUAGAAAUGAAUGCGUAUAUUUCUCCUAGCGCGUACAUUUCAUUUUUAAACAAAAUGUUGAAGUGUUUGACACUGUUGCAUUCCAUGUUUUAUUACAUUUUUUAUGAGCUAUAUUCAAUUAUAUUUGCCAGCAGCAAAGAUCGUUUUAUUAUGUCCUGUAUAUAUGUGA